CACACCUGAUCGCAACGCCUACGGCCGUAUGGCCAAAUGAAGCUUCACUUGGUCUCCUUUCUCAGGCAGUGCUCUUCCCUGAAACACAUUCGUCAAGCUCACGGCUUUAUGGUUCCCACUGGUCUUCAAAACGACAACGUAGUCUUUGCCCAAUUCAUCCAAGCCUGCUCUUCUCUCGGCUACUCCACCUACGCUUACUUGGUCUUCAUCCACAAGAAACUAAAACCCAACAUUUAUCUUUACAACACCAUGAUCAACACUCUCUCUCCUUCACAUGCCAUAUCCCUCUAUAACGACAUCUUUUUCGCUGAUUUACGACCUGACACUUACUCGGUUCCUUACGUUUUGAAGGCUGUGAUUCGGCUUUCUGCAGUUGACGUCGGUCGUCAGAUUCAUUGUCAAGCUAUAGGAACUGGGUUGGACUCGGAUGUUUGUGUCGGUACUUCACUCGUUCGUAUGUAUUCGUUUUGUGGGUGUGUUUUGGAGGCCCGGAAAGUAUUUGAUGGAAUGGGUGUAAGAGAUGUGGCGCUCUGGAACGCCAUGGUCACAGGUUAUGUUAAGGUGGCUGAUGUUGAUAAUGCAUGGAGGGUUUUUGAACGAAUGCCGGAGAGAGAUUUGAUUUCAUGGACUUCGGUGAUUGCCGGGUUUGCUAAGAUGAAGCGGCCAAAAGAGGCUAUCAUGGUGUUUAGACGAAUGCAGCUUGAGAAUUUGGAGGCUGAUGAAGUUACAAUCUUAGCUGUACUUUCUGCUUGUGCUCAUUUGGGUUCAGUAGUGUUGGGGGAGAGGAUCCAUAACUACAUGCAGAAGCGUGGAUUUUCUAGAAAGCUUCAUCUUAAUAAUGCACUCAUUGACAUGUAUGCAAAAUCAGGCAACAUAAGAAAGGCACUAGAUGUUUUUCAAAGUAUGAAAGAGAGAAGUGUCGUAACUUGGACAACAAUGAUGUCUGGGCUAGCUCUUCAUGGUCUUGGAAGAGAAGCAAUUGAAAUGUUUUCUCAAAUGGAAAGUGCUCUAGUUAAGCCUAAUGAAAUAACUUUUAUUGCCAUUCUUUCUGCUUGUAGCCAUGCUGGGUUAGUUGAAAUGGGGCGCUGGUUCUUCAACAACAUGGCUUCACGACAUGGAAUUCAAUUGAAAGUUGAGCACUAUGGGUGCAUGAUUGAUUUACUGGGGCGGGCGGGUUAUCUUCAAGAGGCAUGUGAACUUGUUAGGGGAAUGCCAUUUCAAACGAAUGCAGCCAUAUGGGGAUCUCUUCUUGCUGCUUCCAAUAUACACGGUGAGUCUGACCUUGGAGAGCAUGCUUUGCAACAACUUAUGAUGUUGGAGCCCCAGAAUAGUGGAAGUUAUACUCUUUUGUCUAAUAUAUAUGCUGCUUCUGGUAGCUGGGAUGAAUCUGGGAUGAUAAGGAAGGUCAUGAGGGAUACAGGUGUUAAGAAGAUGGCCGGGGGAAGUUUCAUUGAAAUUAACAACAGAGUUCAUGAAUUUAUUGCAGGAGAUACAUCACAUUCAGAGUUCUAUAAGAUAUUUGAAGUUCUAUAUGAUAUAUUUAAUCAGUUGAAGAUUGCUGGACAUAUUCAGAAGGAAGGAGUUGAGCUUCUUGCAUUUGACGAGUGAAUGUGAUUUAAAUAAAUUUCAUUCUUAAAACAUUUACCACCAGAUCCGUUUUAGUCAGAGGGUGCAUCAAGAAUAGAAACAAGAUGUAGGGCCUUUGCUUCCUGAACUGAAAGACUGAUUCCAACUUAUGUUGAGAAAUGGAAGUUGAAUAUACAUAUGAUCGCAAGCAUUUCCCGCAUUUCAUAGUUUGACCAAUAAAUCAAUGAGGUUCCUUUACAUGUUCAUAUGUUCAAAACAAAUAAAACAAUAUAUAUAUGUAUAUUUAUAUAUGUAAUUACACAAAUACUGACCAUAUAAUAAAAAUAGUUCUAAACAUAUUAAUUUA